CCUGUCCAGACUUUUCCUCAAUCCCCCAUCCCCCAUUCCGUCGUCAACAUUUUUCUCCCUGUGAGAGCCAUCACCGCACUCAAUUGAGCUUUAUCAAGUCCAAUUGACUUUUUAGUCCCCCUCGUUGGCAGCAUGCUUCGUUGGUAUCAGGCAAAGUUGGCUAAGCAGCCCAUUCUCACAGCCAGUGUGACCAGCGCUGUGCUUUUUGGUAGCGGUGAUGUGCUCGCUCAGCAGGUAGUUGAUCGCAAGGGUUUUGAGAAGCAUGACUUUGCCAGAACCGGUCGCAUGGCUCUGUACGGAGGAGCUAUCUUUGGUCCCGCUGCUACGACCUGGUACGGCUUUCUCCAACGCAACGUGGUCCUGAAGAAUAGCAAGGCCACCAUCGUUGCCCGGGUUGCGGCAGACCAGUGCUUAUUCACUCCUACCCACCUCACCUGCUUCUUGACCUCCAUGGCCAUCAUGGAAGGCUCGGACCCUAUUGAGAAGUGGCGUAACAGCUUCCUCCCCAGCUACAAGGCCAAUUUGACCAUCUGGCCUCUGGUUCAGGGCGUCAACUUUGCUAUCGUGCCAUUGGAAUAUCGUGUGCUUGUUGUAAACCUGGUCAGCUUGGGUUGGAAUUGCCUCCUGAGCAUGAUCAAUAGCGGCGAUCAAUAAGUAUAUCCCUUUUUUUCCAAUUGUUUGGAGACCUUACGUUUAGAGAUACCCCUUGAUUGUAUAGCUGAUACACCGAAGACUUUCUUGGAAUUGUUCCGGGGUCAUAGAGGUCUUUCUUCAUUUCUCUGUAUCUCUUAGGACUUGUUUUUCUUUGUUUCAAAAUUUGGGGCGCAACAUCUAGAACAUUUCGGGUACAAAGUAGACGUCUUGGAUCAAAGCGGAUUAGUGACCAUUAUUGUUGCUAUUCUUUGCGGGUACAUAGAUUUAUAAUUAGAAACUUCUUUUCUUGUUCC